AUGCAAUACCUUCACGACCGAGGUUUUCAUCAUGGUGAUCUAUGCACCAAAAACAUUUUUGUGAACACGCACAAGGUCGUCAAGCUUUUUGGUAUCCACCCUUUUGGUGAUCGGCGAGUGCAUGAGGGGUUUCAGACGGUUAGGGCAGAUAUCUUCAGCUUUGGUUUAGUUCUGUGGGAGCUAGUAACUAGACGCAUCCCUCUUGCAGCUGCUCAGCGUUCUUUUACUACACCCAAAGAGUCGAAGCGUCUCCGGAAGAAGAAGACUUGGGAAGAGACGUGUUUCAACGUUGGUAGUUUGUUGCGGUCGUGCAUGAAGACACAGAGCCCACUUGUUCAAGUAAUUGAGAAAUGCUGGGAAGUUCCAGAGGCUCCACUCACCUUUGCUGCCAUAUCGACUUUGCUCAAAUCCCUUUUAACUCCUCAACAGAAGGAGGUGUAUGCCGUUAUUGCUGAUGAUGUCUCUAUCGUGUGUGAUACGCCUAAAAAGAGAAAGAGAAGCAUUGGGAAGAAGUCAUUUGAGGUUUUUGGAUGUGCAUUUUGCAAGAGAACUUUCAAGUCGGAGAUGGCAGUUGAAGCACACACCAUCGCCAAACACGGUGUUUGAGAUCAUAACAGUGUGAAGAGAUACUACCCACUUUUAUAGACUUUUAAAUGAUGUU